UUUAGAGUGUUUUCUAUCCAAAUCUACUAAUCAUAUGCAUAUCCUAGCUUCUGGACCUGAGUAGCAGGCAGUUUAAUUUGGGCAUGCUUUUCAUCCAAAAUUCCGAAUGCUGCCCCCUACCCUAGUGAAGUUAAACAUCUCCUGUGAGACACUGUCAUCAUGGUCCAAAUGUGUUGGAGACAGUGUCAACAUUUAAUCUGAUCAGUAGAUAGAUAUUAAUGAUGGGUCCCAAUCCCAAUUUAGAAUUGCCCACUUAACAGGUUAUUUGGUAAACAUCUGUUGAUGCAGUGUUUGCUAAUUGUGUUACUGAGACACAAUCUAUUCCUGUAUAGUUAAAUGAGCCCCUAGUUAAUAAGACUAGACACAACUAUGUUUAUUGUUAUUUAUGGGUCGCAUCAUUCUUGUUUCUCACUUCAGUCACUGCACUUAAAGCACUCCGUACCAGCGAUAGUGGUCCAAAGCCACUGCUCCUGUGUUGCAGGAAGUGCUCUGUGCAAUCAUCUGGUGGCCCUUCUUUACCAGACAGCGCACUACUCUCAACUAAACAUUCCUGCUGCACCACCAGUUCACAGCUGCACAGACACAGAACAGCGUUGGCACAAGCAAAGAACACUUGGUGUGAAACCAGGUCCGGUUGAUGGGAUAGAGUUCAGUAAACCUACUAACUCGUGUGCUGAUGGAAUAAGAAGUUCUCUCUACAAAGCACUCAAUGGAUACAUGCCUGACAUGGACCUUCUCCGCGUCUCAGAAACGUAUGCCAACUUUUCUCCACUUACUGCCCCUCUUGUAACAACAAUGGAAAUGUCAGCUGACGUGCCCCCGGUUGAGUCCGCCUUUGGGCCAGUGCAAGCCGGCAGUGUUCUGUCCUAUCAGCUUCCACAGCCAAAGACCCGUGAAAUUGUGAAGAUUGCCAAUGCCACUUCUCCACCAAUACUUCCAUUCGAUGGCUACAGGCUUCAGGCUUCCCAGUGUGCUUACGUCCUUAGCCAUCAGGAGCAGUUCCACCUCAAGGCAUUAGAGACAACCUACGAGAUGUCACACAAAGUCAAGGUUGCUACAAGGGAGCAGAGCAGCAGCCCGGAAUGGCAUCAGCUCAGGAAAAUGAGAAUAACAUCCUCUCGUUUCCGAGAGGUUUGCCAUGUCCGGGGAGAGACCUCAGCUGACCACCUAACUGAGCGGAUGUUCAAGGGAUCUGGUAUGCAGACCAUGGAGAUGAAGAUACCGAAUGGAGAGCUGAAGUUGAAGAGAUCUCAUGCUUACUACUGGCAGGUACAAGGUCAAAUCCUUCUCACAGGUUGUAGCUGGUGUGACUGUCCUCUGUGCACAGGAGGACAUCCUAGUUGAAAGGAUAUAUAAAGAUC